GGCUGGACCGCCCCCCAACCCCCACUUUCUCCCCAUCCACCCAGUGCCUUGGUGACAACAGAGACCACCCCCCACCCCGUAGGGUGAAGAAGCCACAGUCGUGGACUAACGGUUACACACUCCCUGCAACCCUAGUACAAUCAAAAUGUGGCCCCAUCACAUUCUCCUAGUGAGGUUCAUCGCCUGAGAAGAGAGCAUGGCUUGCCACUGGCCAUGAGCAACAUGGCUGCAGGUGGUGGCCGGGCCUUUGCUUGGCAGGUGUUCCCUCCCAUGCCUACUUGCCGUGUCUAUGGUACAGUGGCCCACCAAGAUGGACACCUGUUGGUGUUGGGGGGCUGUGGCCGGGCUGGAUUACCUCUGGACACUGCCGAGACUUUGGACAUGGCCUCACACACAUGGCUGGCGUUGGCACCCCUGCCCACUGCCCGGGCUGGUGCAGCCGCUGUGGUUCUGGGGAAGCAGGUGCUCAUGGUGGGCGGGGUGGAUGAGCUCCAGAGCCCAGUAGCUGCGGUAGAAGCCUACCUGGCCGAUGAAGGCCGCUGGGAACGUCGAGCUACUCUGCCUCAAGCAGCCAUGGGAGUGGCCACGGUGGAGAGAGAUGGUUUGGUGUAUGCUCUAGGGGGAAUGGGCCCUGACACAGCUCCCCAGGCCCAGGUACGAGUCUAUGAACCCCGCCGAGACUGCUGGCUUUCGCUCCCCUCCAUGCCCACUCCCUGCUACGGGGCCUCUACCUUCCUGCAUGGGAACAAGAUCUAUGUCCUGGGAGGCCGCCAGGGCAAGCUCCCAGUGACUGCUUUCGAAGCUUUUGAUUUGGAGGCCCGUACCUGGACCCGACAUCCAAGCCUGCCCAGCCGCCGGGCCUUCGCUGGCUGUGCCAUGGCUGAAGAUAAUGUAUUCAGCUUGGGGGGUCUGCAGCAGCCCGGGCCCCACAAUUUCUACUCUCGCCCACAUUUUGUCAACACUGUGGAGAUGUUUGAUCUGGAGCAUGGAUCCUGGACCAAACUUCCCCGUAGUCUACGCAUGAGGGAUAAGAGAGCUGAUUUUGUGGUUGGCUCCCUUGGGGGCCACAUUGUGGCUAUUGGGGGCCUUGGAAAUCAGCCAUGCCCUCUGGGCUCUGCAGAGAGCUUCAGUCUUGCCCGAAGGCGCUGGGAGGCACUGCCGGCUAUGCCCACAGCCCGCUGCUCCUGUUCUAGCCUCCAGGCUGGGUCCAGGCUGUUUGUGAUUGGCGGUGUGGCCCAGGGUCCCAGCCAAGCUGUAGAAGCACUAUGUCUGCGGGAUGGAGUCUGAAGGACUGGUGGGACCGGUUCAUUGGAGCAGCUCAGGGGAAGCAGGUGUCUGACUCCUUUUGUAGCGGAGGGAGCUCUCUGUGGCUUUGUGGGGGUGCAGGAAGCACUAGAGGUAGACACUGAGGCACACAGCCUUCCGUGAUUGGGGCUGGAGAGCCUUUGUCAUUAGCAUACUGUUUACUCACACUCCCUUUACCACCGUCUAGUCAUGAACCAUAUCUAGCUCAGCUGUUGUCCUAGAAACUACUUAGGCCCUCUAUCCAACUGGGAAGUGGGGAGAGAGGAAAGCUGGCCUUAAACCCUAUCCCCCCGCCUCCCUACAACACCU